AGGGGGGAACGACAUGGACAUUGGACGAUCGUAAAAACUUCGCCAUCGUGAAUUAUUUGAAUUCCGAAUCUACAACAAAUGGAGGAUGGAGAAUUGUUUAAACUCGCCUUCGAAGCAACGAGAAACUGGAGGAACGUCCAAUGUAUGUCCCAAAAAUGAUACUGUCCGACAUGCACCACGAAACAUGCAAGAUGCGGUGUCAUAUUUAAAACGAAAAAGGAUUUAUGACAUCAUCGAUUCUCUGCUCGGCGAGCUUCUGCUACGUCGACCCCAUGAUCCUUAUGAAUAUCUGGUCCAACUCCUAGAUAGACGUAUUUUGACUCGCGACGGCCUCGUUGAUUCUCCUCCUCCUUUCUGCUCUCGGGAUAUAAUAAGACAGGCAAGACAAGCAAAUCUGCUCACAUUACUGGAAUUAACGACUAAUGGAGCGAAGAAAUCUUGAGCGAAAAACAUGCCAUAU